UCACUUCCUGUCAUGCCUUAGUUCCUGUGUAGGGCUUCAUGAAAUGGUUUUUCCAUCAUUUAACGCAUUAAUCAACAGUUGAUUAUAGGUUAAAUAUAUCGGAACGAUUUUCUUCUUCUUUUCGAGGCACCCUGAAUGUCCUUUGCUAUCGGAAAAUUGUCCUGAACACGGAUUUCCAGGAUUUGCACGUAUUUCAGUUCAGCCACCGAUCUUAAAAGGGCAACCGGGUUAUGCGGGUGGGACCCGCUAGUAAUCAACAAGAGGACAGCUGAACUGCGGUCAUGUCGUCCCGGGACGCGCUGCGCCGCCAGCGCCGGAGAGAGCUGGACGCUCGGCGGAGCAAGUCGCGGGUGCGCCUGGGGGGGUGCCUGCAAAGCUGGGGACAGCUGAAGGACAGACUGGGCUUCGCCCUGCACUCGGAACUGGCUCAGUACCUGCUUGAGAGCUAUUUCUCCAAGGUCUGCAUCAAGUGCUCAGGUGGCAUGAGCAUCGAGCAGAGAACGGCAACCAUAGUAACGUCGGCAGAGAUGCUGCAGGGCCUGGUGCUCCUGGUACAUCGACAUGGACAGCAGUGUCCUUUCCCGCCCACGCUCUGCCGGGGCACCGCAGAUGAGGACACCUGUGGGGGACAGGAAGAAGAUAAACCGCCAGAUGAAGAGAGAUGGGCUGUGAAGAGGUGUAGGGGAGCUGGAGAGGCUGAACUUGGUGCUCAAGGGUCAGCCGGACAUGGAGAAGGGGGAUGUUCCUCCUGCCUGGCGAAGGAGGAGGAGCAGGCAGAAACAGAGUCACGGACAGGGGUCGUCCUGAGCUGCACCUGCCGGGGGGGACACGUCUUCUCGUGGUGUCCGUCUGGGAACGCCAGUGAGGAAGCAGGAGAGGGAAGUGGGGGUGUUGACCCCCCCGCAGGCCUGAGCAGGUCCACAGAGCUGCAGAACAGGGAAGUUAAAGGAGCCAGCAGGGAAACCUCGGCCGAGGGGGAAGCCACUGGGGGGAAAACCAGAGGCACUGAGGAUGGCAGCAUCGAGGAAACGAGAGAAGCGGAGAACCGGCCGGAGGAUGGUGAUGGAACCACAGGAACAGAGGAGCGCAGAACAGGGUCAUCACCAGUGUCAGACUCAGAGACCGGACAAAACGUCCCGCCAACAGGAUCUGUACAAACACAGGAAACAUGGUACACUGGUCUUCUUAAGAAGCCCAUUGACAGUGAAGAGAAAGAUGUGGACGGUGCCAAGCUGAAGCACUUCAGCUACGGCGUGGAAAAUGAGCCAGCUGCCAUAUCAAGACGUACCACAAGAGGGAGACGGAAGACAAUGAUUCAGCCCUCAACGGAAAAAUCGAAUUUGAGACUAGUCACCAGGGACAACAGGAACACAGCGAGAGGGAUAACCGGCGAUGACAUUUCUCAGAUUGCUGGCAAAAGAAAAAGGAAGGCGACACCCAGGGACAUUUUGCCCUGUGAGGUCAAUGGCUGCGACAAGAUCUUCUCCACUCGCCAGUACCUCAAUCAUCACAUGAAGUACCAGCACUUCCAGCAGAAGACGUUCACCUGCUCCCACCCAGCCUGUGGAAAGUCCUUCAACUUCAAGAAGCACCUGAAGGAGCAUGAGAAGCUGCACAGCAACCGGCGGGACUACAUCUGUGAGUUCUGUGCCCGCGCCUUCCGGACCAGCAGCAACCUGAUCAUCCACCGCAGGAUCCACACUGGCGAGAAGCCGCUGCAGUGUGAGGUCUGUGGCUUCACCUGCCGCCAGAAGGCCUCCCUGAACUGGCACAUGCGCAAGCACAACGCCGAGAGUGGGUACCAGUUCCCCUGCGAGAUCUGCGGCCGACGAUUUGAGAAGAGGGACAAUGUGACUGCACACCGGAACAAGAGUCACCCCGACCAGUCCCCUGCCCCCCCUGUGGGCACCGACCACAUAGAACCAGUGCUGGACUCCCCUGGGGAGUCAGGUACGCCCAAAGGCAGGGACCUCCCCUCCCCGACAAGCGACAGUGAUGGCCAGUCCUUGUCUGCAGUCUGAGUCUCAUAGAUAGAUGCCUUUGUAGUAUGUGAUACACUGUGCCAUUGUAAACGAAUCCACGAAUCAACCCACAUGCCGUGAUCUGACUGAUAAUGUGCCGUCGCCCCUUGUCUCUCCUAUGAUUAGUACACUUGUGCCCUCUUGUGGUGGGUAUUAUGAUUGUUACGGUAAACUGACAACUCAAAAACAGGACUGUCCCAUUCCUGUCAGUUUGCAGAUUUCCCAGCUCAGAACACACCCAAUUCAGCUCACCAGCUAAUUUCCAGGCUUAGUAGGUGUGCUUGAGCAGGGAAACUUGCAAACUGUGACAGACCGGCCAUCCAGAACCGGAAUUGGGAGACCCUGCUCAAAUGAUGUGCCCUGUGUUCCUCUGGUCAUGUGUUUCGAUUUAAAAUUCCUCUUGCACUACAGCCUGAUAGACACCAUACAGGAGACUGCCCUCCAGAAUGUGUUCCUUUGGACAAACAGUUGAGUAAAACAUAUAGGCUUUUACCUGGACUUUUUUUGACUGUUUAGAGUACUGUUUUUGCGGCGUGUUUUUGGAGAGGAUGGGGUGAUGCAGGUCUCCCCGUCGUUGUCUGUUGCCAGUCAGUGAAGGGAGCGUCAGGAAAAGCUUCCUCCUGAUUGGUCCAGAUUUGCAGGUGUUUGUUUACACUGUGCCAAGCUCCUAAAGCAAAGGAAAUGUAGAUUUUGACAUUUUAAGACUUUAUGGAACAACCUUUUGGAACAUUUUAAUCUUAUUUUAGAUACAUUUUACCAUUUUUUGUAACUGUUAGGAUCCAUGCACAAAAAUGCAUUUUUUAGAGGUCGUCUUGGGUGUAAAAUUUCCCCAGCAUCCUCCAUUAUUUUUGUAUCGUCAGUGUUGUUGUGAUUCCUUGCCAUCAAAUGAAAGCUGAAUAUUGGUAACAGGCCAGAACUAGAUCUUUUUUUUUUUUUAACAAAAAAGCUGUUCGUCUGUUUGGUGGAUGUCGAACUUUUUUUUGUCUUAAUAAAGACCUCAGAUUUAUACCA